AUGGCAUGUAACAUACCUAACCAAAGACAGCGGACUAUGUCAACAUCUGGAGAAGCUCUAUAUGAAAUUCUUGGUCUGCAUAAGGGAGCAUCAAAUGAAGAAAUUAAGAAAACCUACAGAAAAUUGGCCUUGAAACACCAUCCAGACAAGAAUCCAGAUGAUCCAGGUGCUGCUGAGAAGUUUAAAGAAAUCAACAACGCCCACACAAUACUUACUGACAUGUCAAAAAGAAACAUAUACGACAGGUACGGAUCACUGGGACUCUAUGUGGCCGAGCAAUUUGGAGACGAAAAUGUUAACACCUACUUCAUGCUGUCAAGCUGGUGGGCAAAGACUUUGUUUGUCAUCAUUGGCCUCUUGACUGGCUGCUAUUUUUGCUGCUGUCUGUGCUGCUGUUGCAACUGCUGCUGUGGACGCUGCCGGCCUAAAUCAUCGAUGCCAGAAGAGGACUUCUAUGUGUCCCCAGAGGAUCUUGAGGAGCAGAUCAAGACUGACAUAGAAAAAGAUAUGGACUUUCCAGUUGUCCUCCAGCCUACAAAUGCAAAUGAGAAAACACAGCUAAUUAGAGAAGGACCUCGAAGUUAUUGUACAGACUCUUAA